AUGGAGGUUAGUUUCAGGCUUUUUAAAAAAAUUUAAAGCUUCCCGGAAUUCAUUUAUCGGUUCAAAUAUAGCGAAAAAAAGUUAUAAUUUUCAAAAAAUGCCUCAGAAUCAAGUCGAAAAAUGACAUUUUUUUUCUUCUAAUUUUUCAAAAAAAUCCCAAAAAAAUCCAUAAAAAGCUUUUAUAUGAUCAUGAGAAUCAUAUAAAAAAUAUUUUAAACUAAAAAAAGGAAAAAAAGAUUUCCAGAAGCUCGGAUUCAAAGGCAAACGUGUGGAAAGUGGCCCAACUCCGACAUUACCUGAAGCUUCACGGGUUCCGCUUGGGCCGAAGAAAAAGUCGCCCAAUCAGCGGCCCAAGCAGCCGCUUUUGGACCGGCGUGAACCGUUUGAGGUUAAGGAGGCCAGAGUGAUCCCUAUAGGGGUUAGGAGGAAAACAGACCUAUAGGGGGGACAAAAAAGUGCUCAGAAUAACGGGGAAAUUCAAGGGGUCACUACGGGGUUUUAGGGUCUGAUUCCUUAGCCGCUAAAGAUCAAGUGGUCCCUAUAGGAGUCUUUCAAGUUUUUUGUCUUAUUUUAAAACGAGAAAACAGACUUGGUCAGACUCCGUUUGCAAGCUCUAGUGGCCCCUAUAGGGGUUUCUGUGUCUUUCCAAGGGUUCUCCUCGAAGGGGGCGUGGCUUGUCUGCGCUCUCCACCAAACAAGCACUAUUUCCUUUUUUUUAAAAAUCGUGUCAGGACCCUUUAUUAGAUGGCACAAGCCAACAGUGAAUCAUCUGUAGCUUGAGACGCUAAGGGGCGUGGCCUGUCUGCACUCUCCUCCAAUUAAGCACUAUCUCCUCUCUCAUCGUGUCAAGACCCAUUUUUCGAUGCCUCAAAAAUCACCUAUAAACUAGUAAUUUUUUGUAGGAACGCAGAAUUUUGGAGCAUUCUCGUAGAUUCAGUCAACUCGAGGCCUUGGAUCGGGAAUGGAAGGCUUCAAAAAGCCGGAAAACUCCGCCCCCUGGAUCUUAUGUCUACUUCAAUAAGAAGGGUUCGUUUGGGAUCUCUGAAGCCUCAAAACCCUUAAAGAGUCACUCAAGGCGAUGCGGUCGCGUCGCGGUUUUCGGCGGGAAAAAUGAAAUUCAAAUUUUAAAAUAAAGAAAUUUAGCAUUCUAUCACUAUUCCAACUCGAUUUUUGCACUAUUAGUCGGUCGAAAAACUGAAAAAAUCCUGAAAUGAUCACUUAAGGUCACUGCAGUAAAGCGUUGCGGUCGCGUCGCGUUUUUUUGGCGGGAAAAAAAUAAAAUUCAAAUUUGAGAAUGAAAAAAAUGAGCAUUUUAUCAUUUUUUUCUAACCUUUUUUUGUACUUAGAGCGAAAAAAAUUAUCAGAAAAAAAGGUGACCCGAAAUUUGAAUUUUCGUUUUUCCGCCAAAAAAACCGCGUCGCGACCGCAACGCGUGACUACCGUAGCUAUUGACUUUUAAGUGACCUUUAAUUUAAUUAACGAGACAAUUGGCGUAAGUUUAAGUCGAAAUUUACAUAAAAUUAAAAAAAUUUUUAUGCGCUGUUUUUCGGAAAUGGCACCAUAUAAAACAAAGGGAAAAUGAAAAUCCCCCUUCAAAAUCAAAAAAAUUGAGGAUUUCCAGCGGAAUACCGUAGCCCGGCUGGCCUCUACUCCACAAACGAUCAACCGGCCGGCCAUUUUGUCCGAUAUCCGGUCAGUUUUGAUUCAUUUCCUGUUGAAAUUUUCCAUUUUCUUCAUUCCUUCUUCGAAAAUUGUAUGGUAUUUUGUGAUUUGUUGAAUAAAUCUUUGAAAAAAAAGGUUUUUCGAACCUUUUUCUGUGUUUUUUUCUUCUUGCGUUGAUUAUUUUCAUUUCCAGGACUUUUUUUUGGACUUGGUAUGCUAAUUUUGGUAUUUUUAACGUCAAAAUAUUUUUUAAAUCGUAUUUUUUUAUGGUUUUUUUAAAAAUCUUUUUUCCGAGUUUUUGAGCGUUAACAAGUUGGAAAAAUUCCUAGGAGCCACUUUAGGGAUUUGACGUUUUAGUGACCACUAUAAUAGUCGACUAAGCGGUCACUUAAGUGGCUAAAAAUUCGAGGCCUCUUUAGAAGUCUAAAUGGUACUACUAGAGCACUAAACUACUAUAGUGACCACUAAGACGGGAAAUAGUCUAUAGAGAUGGUUUAGUGGCCACUUAAGUGUCCUUUCCAAGUAGUUUUUGUGAAGCCUCUUAAGUAAUCCCUAGAGUUUUUCACAGAAAGUCGAAAAUCGGUCUUUUAAGAUUUUUUUUUUCUCUUCUAAGUUUCAAGUCGAGUUUUAUUGUCUUGUUGCUCUGAAACUUCAUUUUUUUUUUCUAGACAACUUUUUUCAAAUUCAUGCCUUUCAGAAUUGUGAGGAUGUCAUUAGAAAGACUGAAGAGGUGGCAAUUUUUAGAUUUUUUGAUAAUUAGCACCUUUUCUUUGAAAGGAAGACUCAUUAAAAAGAUUUUUUUCGAUUUUUAGAGACUAAAAGGCUUAGAAAUCACUCAAAAUGUCGCUUUGAAUCUAGAUCUUUACGCAAAAAAGAAGAAAUUUCGAUUUCUAGCGAGGUUAACCCUAGAUUACAACAGAAUAAGCUAAAAAAAACCUGAUUUUUUUUUUUGAAAGUUCAGAGACUUAUGAGUAUCCCUAGAGCGCUUAAGAAGCCCCUUAGAAGCUUCAGAGUGGUCCCUACAGGGGCAAAUUUCUUUUCAAGUUUCUUCUCCCACUUUAGGGGCCACUAGAGCUUGCAAAAUGGCCACUCUAGGGGUCCCUAUACGUCCUAUAUAAAACAUAAAGACCACUAGAGGGACCACUCAAGCUUCAGGGGCUUAGAGGGACCACCUACCCCUAUAGGGGGCACUUUUUUGUACCCUAUACCCUAUAAGGACCACUCUGGCGUUCCUAAGUCAAGUUAUAUUCAAUUUUAACAUCCAGGAAGGCUUUCUAACUUUAAUUUACGACAGCUUGAGCUGAAGACCUUCUGGGGACCACUUUAAUGACGUCAGAACUUUUAAGUGAUCCCUAGAAUCCGGUUUUUACCGAGGUCCUAAAAGCUUUCUCCUCGGACGUUCCGGACGCUUCUGGGCGAUUCUAGGGAUCACUUAAGAGCGCUGAGGCUACUAAAGUGGUCACUAGAAAUGCCGUCCGAUUCGCGUCCUCAGACCUUGGUAACGCGAACGGGACGCGAAUCGGACGUGUCGGGGCAUUUCUAGUGACCACUUUAGUAGCCUCAGAACUCUUAAGGGAUCCUUAGAAUCGCCCAGAAACGUCCGGAGCACGCCCGUUUCGCGUUACCAAUGUCCGAGUCGUUUGAAUAUCCUCUAAAUAUUUAUCCAUAGAGCGCAAAAGCCUCUUCCAUUCAAAAAGCUCUAUCUUGAGAAAAAAAAAGAUGGGCUUUGAUAUAUACUUUAACUGAAGCGAAGAAAGGCCAACUGAAGCCCUGGCAACGGUCCAACCUCUCUCGAAUUUCCCUUAUCUCUCACUUCUUCAUCUUCUUCCUUCUUCUUCUGGGAAAGUGCGAAUGCUCCUUUUUCCUUCUUUCGCAGAGCUUUUAUCAGAAAUUUUAGUUAUAAUAGAGCUGAUUAAGGCUAUUUAUCGCUUGAUCAGCCUAGAAAAGUUCAAAAAAUAGGUUUUUCAGUGCAAAAUUUGGACUAAAGAACGGAUCGACUUUUUCAAAACUCCAGGAUUUGAAAAAGAGAAUUUGAAUUAUAACGCCUAAAAGAGCCUCAGAUUAUCCGUGGAGCGCAAAAAAGUUCUUGCCCAAUCUUUUUGGCGGCUUUUUUUUAUUGGCUCCUUUUUGAAAUUGUUUCUUGCCGCGAGAAUUAUUUUUGUCCCUCAAUUUCUAAGAGCUUUUUUUUUUAAUUAUCCAUGGAGCGCAAAAAAAAGGCGUAGCUAAUAUUUUUGACGGCUGUUUUUCUUUUUUGGAACUGUUUGAACUUUUCUUGGGGUCAGGCUUUUUUUGAGCUUUAGCUAUCAAUUUCUAUUCUUUUUGUUUGUUUCCCACGAUCUUUUAAGUUCUUCCGUCUUCAAGAAGCUCCGAUUAUCCAUGGAGCGCAAACUGUCUGUUUUUCGUGGCCGUUUUUGUUCGGAACUUAAAUUUGAAUUUGUUUACGGUCAGGUUUUUUUUGAGCCCUUUCUAUCAAGUUUUACAGCUUUUUCUUAUUUUCCACAACCUUCCAAGUCCAUCCGUAGGCUUUCAAGAAGCUCCGAUUACCCAUGGAGCGCAAAAUAUCGGUUUUUCGCGGCUGUUUUUUGUUUGGAACGGUAAAUUUGAAUUCUAUUGAAGUCAAGUUUUUUUUGAUUUCCUUUUAUCAAGUUUCAAGCUUUUGAUCAUAGCUUACAACUUUCGAAUUUCUUCUGCAGCACUCCAAAAGGUUUUGAUUAUCCAUGGAGCGCAAAAUAUCUGUUUUUCGCGGCUGUUUUUUGUUCAGACCAGUAAGUAGGAAUUUUUGAGCCUUUUUAGCUCUUCCUAUCAAAUUCUUCGAGUUUUUUUUGGUUUUUCACAAUCCUCUAAGCUCUUCUGUCUUCAUGAAGCUACGAUUAUCCAUGGAGCGCAAGAUAUCUGUUUUUCGCGGCCGUUUUUUUUGGAACAGUUCAUUUGUAUUUUUAGGUUUUUUGAGCUCUUUUAUCGAAUUUUACAAAUUUUUUUGGUUUUUCACAAUCUUCCAAAUAUUCCCGUUUUCAAAAAGCUUUGAUUGUCCAUGGAGCGCAAGUUAUCUGUUUUUCGCGGCUGUUUUUUCCAUGUCGUGUGAGUCUAAAGCCCUGAUAGGGGCCUUUUCGACCUGCCGCUAUCUUUCGGUUGGAAAGAGAGCAAAAAGCGCGGAAGAAGAAGAAGAAGACGGGAAAGAGGACGGACUGGGCCGCGCCCCACAUACACAGCACUCGAAAAGAGCACGCGAACGGAGAGACGCAGAGACAGGGCCGAGACGGCCCCGCAGCGAUUAGAGGCGUCGCCCCUCCGCCAGUCUCCCGCGCCUCUCCGCCUCCACACCCGAAGGCCUUCCCCCAUCGAUUCGGCCGGCCGGCCCUCCGAGUCUUAUUUUUUCAUUUUUCGACCCUUUUCAAUCAAAACUCCCACACGGAGGUCAUUUUUUUGGCUCAGAAUUUCUUGGAAUUCUCUCAGAUUACUCCUUGA